UAAAUUAUAAAAGACAACAACCUAAAAAGUAUAAAUCAGGUGAAACAGUGCUAAACAAAAAGGCAAAAACUAAGAAAGAUAUUACAAAUUCUGUUCAAGAAUCUGGAAAUAGCGAUUUCACAUAG